AUGACUACCGAUGCAAAAUUUUUAAGAUUAUAUAGUUUACCCCAUGGUGACCACACGCUUCCAUACAUCUGGUCUGUCACUAUACCACUGAUGUUUCUUGUGUAUGAUUUUUCAAACAAUGAUUGGUUGGAUUUGAUUGAGCCACUAUCAGUAUUCAAAUAUACGGUACAAAACAAUGUCGAGACUGCGAUUAUAACAAGGAUUGAACUAAAUGAAUUCCUUAAAGAGACAAGAAGGUACAAUAAACCAAAAGGGUCCUUCUCUAUCAAUUAUACAAGGUUCCAGUUUAAAAGCUUAAAAUUUACAAUGAUUCAGUUGCUGAAAAUAAAAUUUGGAAAGGCAGAGGCAGCAGUGUUGGAAAGUUUCUUGAAAACAGAAGAUCAAGUAUUGAUAUUGGGGGCCAUAAAAAGUGAUGAUUGGUCUGUUACCAAAAUAAAAAACAUAAUUGAAAAAUGGAGGAAAAAAUAUAAAAUAAUUGAAGCAAUCUCGGGUGUAGAUUACAAAGUUGGUACACCAAUGUGUUUAAUCAGUUCAAAACUUGAAAAGUACUCAAAGAUUUCCUCAAUAUCUGAUAUGACAACAUCAAAUUUUCCUCAUAUAUCUCAAAAUGGUGUAAUUGUUGAGAUUUAUCCAGAUUUAUUUGAACCUCCAGCUUACCUUCGAUCCCAUAGUCGCUUGGGCACAGAUACUACAUAA